ACCUCAUAUCAUAUCAUCGUUAGCGUUACCCUCGGAACUGAACUGAACUGAACUGAACCGGAUCCAGAGAGUGCUCCUAAACGACGCCGUUUCGCAAGCAUCAGUAGUGUAGUCGCAGAGAAUCAAAUCAAUGGAGAAGGGAAAGGGAGUGAUGGGAUCGGGAGGACGAAGAUGGGGCGUUGACUUCUCCGACAAUUCCACUUCUCGCGAUAUUCCCGAUCCUCCCGGUUUCUGUCGCACUUCUCUCGAUCAGGACGAUUCAACGCUCAGUCGCCAGAAGAAGGACGCUGAAUCCAACUGGAAAGCCCAGAAAGCUUGGGAGGUAGCACAAGCCCCUAUGAAGAAUUUGCUAAUGAUGGGGUUCAUGAUGUGGAUGGCUGGUAGCACAGUCCACUUGUUCAGCAUUGGGAUCACUUUCUCAGCCCUUUGGCAACCCAUCAGUGCCCUACAGAGUGUCGGAAAGAUGUUUGAGCCCUACAAAGACAAUAAGGUGGAGCUUCUUGGACCUAAGUUGUUAUUCAUAGCCCUUAAUUUGGGCGGCCUGGCACUAGGUGUUUGGAAGCUCAAUGCAUUGGGGCUUCUUCCUACACACACAUCAGACUGGGUCUCAUCCUUGGCACCUGCUCAGGAGGUGGAGUUUUCAGGUGGGGGUGUUAAUUUGGGGUGAUUUGCGAGUUUUUUCAUUCCCAGCUUGUCUUGGAGGGAAUUUAAGUAAACAAGGACAAGGAUUCAAGGUUGGUGGUCAACAUUAUAUUCUAAUGGUUAUGAUGGCCCACGUGAAGCAUGACUGAUUUCCGAUUUCAAAAAAUGUUGUAGUCAUUAAAAUUGGACUGGGUUUGUAGUAUUAGUUUGAAGAUGCUCCGAAUAAUUAAGAUUUUUCUAUUUAUAUUUUGGAUUCUAAUAUUUGCACGUUAUAAUUUCCUAUAUCUCUUUUAUCAGGUUUGAUAUAAAGAAAAAUGAUGUACAAGAAUUUCUUGUAUAUUUAUGAAGCAUUAGCUAAUGAUUUCUUUUAUAUGCUUAA